ACAGGGGCUGACAUCACUUAGGAAAGCGAAGGGGGUAGGGCUGCCAGAUCAGUUUGUCACCACCCAGGCUCCCUUGCCUUUGGCUGGGUGCAACUUCCAUUUUAGGUGUUGGAUCUGAGGGGGAAAAAAAAGAGAGAGGGAGAGAGAGAGAAAGAAGAGCAGGAAAGAUCCUGAAAGGAGGAAGAGGUGGCGAAAAAUCAACUGCCUUGCUGGAUUUGUCUUUCUCAGCACCUUGGCGAAGACUUGGGUUUCUUUCUUAAAGGACUGGUUUUUAGAACUCCACAUUUGAGCUCUCUCCUUCCUGCUUCCUCCUUGCUGUGGUGGCUGGGAUGCUUCUUCCAUGACUUUUUGAAUCUAGACUGGGCUGUUCUCUGUGUUAAACCAAUCAGUUGCGACCUUCUCUUAACAGUGUGAAGUGAGGGGGUCUCUCUCCCUCCUUCUCCUUCCUCUGUGAUUCACCUUCCCUUUUACCCUGUCCUGCGGCGGCUCCGCCCCUUACCUUCAUGGAGGACUCAGAGGUGGAGUCGACCGCCAGCAUCUUGGCCUCUGUGAAGGAACAAGAGGCCCAGUUUGAGAAGCUGACCCGGGCGCUGGAGGAGGAACGGCGCCACGUCUCGGCGCAGCUGGAACGCGUCCGGGUCUCACCACAAGAUGCCAACCCACUCAUGGCCAACGGCACACUCACCCGCCGGCAUCAGAACGGCCGGUUUGUGGGCGAUGCUGACCUUGAGAGACAGAAAUUUUCAGAUUUGAAACUCAACGGACCCCAGGAUCACAGUCACCUUCUAUAUAGCACCAUCCCCAGGAUGCAGGAGCCGGGGCAGAUUGUGGAGACCUACACGGAGGAGGAUCCUGAGGGAGCCAUGUCUGUAGUCUCUGUGGAGACCUCAGAUGAUGGGACCACUCGGCGCACAGAGACCACGGUCAAGAAAGUAGUGAAGACUGUGACAACACGGACAGUACAGCCAGUCGCUAUGGGACCAGACGGGUUGCCUGUGGAUGCUUCAUCAGUUUCUAACAACUAUAUCCAGACUUUGGGUCGUGACUUCCGCAAGAAUGGCAAUGGGGGACCUGGUCCCUAUGUGGGGCAAGCCGGCACUGCUACCCUUCCUAGGAACUUCCACUACCCUCCUGAUGGUUAUAGCCGCCACUAUGAAGAUGGUUAUCCAGGUGGCAGCGAUAACUAUGGCAGUCUGUCCCGGGUGACCCGCAUUGAGGAGCGGUAUAGGCCCAGCAUGGAAGGCUACCGGGCACCUAGUAGACAGGAUGUGUAUGGGCCCCAACCCCAGGUUCGGGUAGGUGGGAGCAGCGUGGAUCUGCAUCGCUUUCAUCCAGAGCCUUAUGGGCUAGAGGAUGACCAGCGUAGUAUGGGCUAUGAUGACCUGGAUUAUGGUAUGAUGUCUGAUUAUGGCACUGCCCGUCGGACUGGGACACCCUCUGACCCUCGUCGGCGCCUCAGGAGCUAUGAAGACAUGAUUGGUGAGGAGGUGCCAUCGGAUCAAUACUAUUGGGCUCCUUUGGCCCAGCAUGAGCGAGGAAGUUUAGCAAGCUUGGAUAGCCUGCGCAAAGGAGGGCCCCCACCUCCUAAUUGGAGACAGCCAGAGCUGCCAGAGGUGAUCGCCAUGCUUGGAUUCCGCUUGGAUGCUGUCAAGUCCAAUGCAGCUGCAUACCUGCAACACUUAUGCUACCGCAAUGACAAGGUGAAGACUGACGUGCGGAAGCUCAAGGGCAUCCCAGUACUGGUGGGAUUAUUAGACCAUCCCAAAAAGGAAGUGCACCUUGGAGCCUGUGGAGCUCUCAAGAAUAUCUCUUUUGGACGUGACCAGGAUAACAAGAUUGCCAUAAAAAACUGUGAUGGUGUGCCUGCCCUUGUGCGAUUGCUCCGAAAGGCUCGUGAUAUGGACCUUACUGAAGUCAUUACUGGAACCCUGUGGAAUCUUUCAUCCCAUGACUCAAUCAAAAUGGAGAUUGUGGACCAUGCACUGCAUGCCUUGACAGAUGAAGUGAUCAUUCCUCAUUCUGGUUGGGAGCGGGAACCUAAUGAAGACUGUAAGCCACGCCAUAUUGAGUGGGAAUCGGUGCUCACCAACACAGCUGGCUGCCUUAGGAAUGUAAGCUCAGAGAGGAGUGAAGCUCGCCGGAAACUUCGGGAAUGUGAUGGUUUAGUUGAUGCCCUCAUUUUCAUUGUUCAGGCUGAGAUUGGGCAGAAGGAUUCAGACAGCAAGCUUGUAGAGAACUGUGUUUGCCUCCUUCGGAACUUAUCAUAUCAAGUUCACCGGGAGAUCCCACAGGCAGAGCGUUACCAAGAGGCAGCUCCCAAUGUUGCCAACAAUACUGGGCCACACGCUGCCAGUUGCUUUGGGGCCAAGAAGGGCAAAGGGAAAAAACCCAUAGAGGAUCCGGCAAAUGACACAGUGGAUUUCCCUAAAAGAACGAGUCCAGCUCGGGGCUAUGAGCUCUUGUUUCAGCCAGAGGUGGUUCGGAUAUACAUCUCACUUCUUAAGGAGAGCAAGACUCCUGCCAUCUUAGAAGCCUCAGCUGGAGCUAUCCAGAACUUGUGUGCUGGGCGCUGGACGUAUGGUCGAUACAUCCGCUCUGCUCUGCGUCAAGAGAAGGCUCUUUCUGCCAUAGCUGACCUCCUGACUAAUGAACAUGAACGGGUGGUGAAAGCUGCGUCUGGAGCACUGAGAAACCUGGCUGUGGAUGCUCGCAACAAAGAAUUAAUUGGUAAACAUGCUAUUCCUAACUUGGUAAAGAAUCUGCCAGGAGGACAGCAGAACUCCUCUUGGAAUUUCUCUGAGGACACUGUGGUCUCUAUUUUGAACACUAUCAAUGAGGUUAUCGCUGAGAACUUGGAGGCUGCCAAAAAGCUUCGAGAGACACAGGGUAUUGAGAAGCUGGUGUUGAUCAACAAAUCAGGGAACCGCUCAGAAAAAGAAGUUCGAGCAGCAGCACUUGUAUUACAAACAAUCUGGGGAUAUAAGGAACUGCGGAAGCCACUGGAGAAAGAAGGAUGGAAGAAAUCAGACUUUCAGGUGAAUCUAAACAAUGCUUCCCGAAGCCAGAGCAGUCAUUCAUACGAUGAUAGUACUCUCCCUCUCAUUGACCGGAACCAAAAAUCAGAUAAGAAGCCUGAUCGGGAAGAAAUUCAGAUGAGCAAUAUGGGAUCAAACACAAAAUCGCUAGAUAACAACUAUUCCACACCAAAUGAGAGAGGAGACCACAAUAGAACACUGGAUCGAUCGGGGGAUCUAGGCGACAUGGAGCCAUUGAAGGGAACAACACCCUUGAUGCAGGACGAGGGGCAGGAAUCUCUGGAGGAAGAGUUGGAUGUGUUGGUUUUGGAUGAUGAGGGGGGCCAAGUGUCUUACCCCUCCAUGCAGAAGAUUUAGCACCACUGUCUCCAUUCCAUCUGGGCUUAUAUGUACUUUUAUUUUUUGGUGGUGAAAUUGACUGAUGAUUUUCCUUUUUCUUCGCUGGACUAUUGUGCCAACUGCCAGGCUGCCUCCUGCCCUUACAGCCCUAAGUGGCUGCCUUCUUUCCAUCAACUCCCAACUUCUUCUGGUGAAGUUUAAUUGUCUCAAUGCUUCCCCCUCGCCCAUUCCCUCCAUUUUCUCCCAAGAAGCCUGACUCAGUUAUUUGCAUCUUUUGAGAAACUGCUGCAGAUUAGUUCUUUUUGCCAGUUCUCCUUGGAACUCUUGGCCUUUUGUGGAGGGAGGGAUGGAGAGAAUAGCAAUCUUCACUGGAAGCCGUGGGAAGAAUUGGAAGUUACAUGCUGUAUAUGCAAUGUCCAGCAGUCUGAUAAACUGAUGAUUCUUAAUCAAGAUUUUUUUCCUGGUGGGGAAGGGACUUUUAUUUUCUUUUAGAGAGGGGAAAGUGUGAACUUUUCCCUUAUUCCUAAUGGCUAUUUUUGAAGCAAAGAAGGCCGGCAACAUUGGCACAUGCCACCUGGCAAAGGACCCUUGAGUAAGUGAAGGUCUCCUAGAACUGGGAUUAAGAAACCUUGCUCUCCUCAUCUCCAAGGCAGGGACCAUCAAGAACCUACAGACUCCAUCUCUUCUGCAAGCCUCAUGCCAACCCUGGGCUAUUGCUGCUGCCCCUUAAACAGAGGCUGUCCUUAACCCACUUCUCCCGCCCUGUGAUAUGUCUGCUGAGUUGGCCUGGCCAUUUCCAAGAGGCUAUAGAAAGGGGAGAAUGUCAAGGAAGACUUUCGGUUGAGAAGGAGCAGAAAGAUGUGUUUUUGGGAAGAAGAAGACCUCUAGGAGGAGCUAGUAGGAAUGUACAUGAAACGAUUAGUCUGAAACUGGCUUCCCCACUCCCCUGUUUCUCCUUUUCCUAUCCUUAUAGGCCUGUCCCUUGCCUCUGCCCUGGAUUGGUUGGCAAACUAAAGGACUUGAUGUACAUAACUCCUGUCCCUUUUACCCUUACAAGGUGGGGAUUGCCCCUGGCUUUGCCUCUUCUUUGUGCCUUUGGCCUGGGGUGCAUCUCCUCCUGCCCUUCCAUGUGCCUUUCUUUGCCUCUGCAGUCUCAUUUCUCAUAAUUUUGCAAAUUAUAUUUUGUUGCUUUCUUACCUACUAUUGGCCCUAAAUAGCAGAAAGAAGAGAAGUGACCUAGAGAACCUCAGAUUCUUCACUGAGGAUUGGUAUAGCCAUGAUUUCAGUCAUAGCAAGCUUUUGCUCAACAGCAUAUGGGUGGGGUUUUGCCAAAAUUCUAUUCUGAGGAUCUCAAAGUAAGGUUGGUAAGGGAAGUGAGUGGUGUGACUCUUACUCCUUAGGUGCCCAGAAUUUACCGUCAUCUCUGAAGGAGUUACAGGGAAGUGGUCUCCCCAAUUGUCCCCUCCCUCCAGUAUUGCCUCCUCUCACUUUAGCAUAUGUUAAUUAGCAGGUUGGGCUAGAGAAAUCAGCUGCUAUGCGGGUUGAUUAUUAUUAUUAUUUUUAAUCCUUUUCCUUAUUUGCCUUCUACUCCCCUUAAUCUAAUCUAAAAGCUCUGUUCCAUGCAACUGGAGUUCUUUAUCCCUCUCUUCCCCUUCCCUUAUAUAUUGAGGCUAUGGGGUAGGAGAAAAGUGCACAACCCACCACCCCCUUUACUCGUGCAUUAAAAUUUCUCAUUUACCCUUUCCCCCUUUCCAUUUCUUCCCACUUUCAUCUACCUUUUCUGGCAAAAAGGAGCCUUUUGCUCUCUGUGACCCCUAAGAGCAUACUGCACAGGGGAAAUUGCCCCAUCCAGACCUGGCUCCACUCUUGAUUUCUUUUGUCCUCUUCUGCUCUUUUCCUGGUGCUCUUUUUUCUCGGUGGGGUGUGGGUAAUAGAACAGCCAUGGGCUUUUGGGGACCUUUAACUUUUUUUUCCCUCUUUUGUUUAUAAAAACACUAAACAUUCAAUUCCAGAGAACCAAAAAUCCCACCUUCCCACCGAACACUACUAAGGGGCCUGUGUUCUGCUCCAUACCUUUUCUCUUUUCUUUCUGUCUUGUUAAUGCUUUUAAAAACAAAUGAGUUUUUUAUAUAAAUAAAGUUUUUAAAGUGUGUAUGUGGGGGGUCUGUGUCAUUUCUUCACUUCAAGCUGUUAUUUCUUCCCUGCUUUUCAUCUUUGUUACUUCCUUAUGUAUCAGUGUCCUUUCCAGAGCAACCAGAAGGAGGUUAUACCAGGAUUUAUUUUGAGCUCAGCCCCAAGUCUUAUUAAGCAACAUUCUUGUUAACUAUAUGUGAAACAUUUUUUUCUUCUGAAGAUUCUUAAAAAUUGAAUGUGGCUGAAGUUGAACAUGGGAGCUUAUUGCUAACUUAAGAGAUAGGAAACUGAAGCAUAAAGAAUUAGUGACUUACUUUAAUUACUGGGAUUCUUUUGCAACAUUUGACAAAACUGACAUUGAAUAAGGUCCACUGUAAUAUGUAGCCCUCUUAAAUAUAACACUUAGGACUAGAAGAUGAGAAACUACCAAUCCCAACUACCUAAUAGGAAAAUGUAGGAUCAAAAGGCCCAUGUAUAUAAGUACUGACCACUGGGCCAUCAUGUUGCUUCUCAGGCUAUAUGCAGUCCUUUAGUCAGAAGUCAGUAGACAGGCCUAUUUAUUAAUAUUUUACAGACCAUGUUACCUGGAUUACUAGGAACUGUCUUUGCUGCAGAGACCAAGGGUUAAGAUCUAUGGGAAGAGACUUAUUUUUCUGAGGUCUUUAUGUCCUGUCAUAUAAUUAAAGACUAAAGAGAAUUUAUGUGAAAUGCUUUCUGUAUGCCCAAAUCUUUAGAUUAAAAUUAUAUAGCUGCUCCUGA